AUGGCCUCGCAGGAGUAUAAGCUCGAGUCGAUCAAGGCGACGCGCAUUGCGCCCGACGACAUUGACACGACUUUCCGUUCCAGCUCCAUUGAUCUCGUCUCCGGCACGCUUGGCGGCAAGAUCCUCGCCUUCUCCGACGAAUGGUUCGCCGAGGCCCAGAACCUCAUCACCCCGACGCCGCCCAUCCGCCAGCCCGGCAAGAUGGUGUACACGGGUGCCUGGUACGACGGAUGGGAGACGCGCCGCCACAACACGGCGCCCUUCGACUGGGUCAUCCUCCGACUCGGUGUCGCUUCCGGCACCGUCGAGGGCAUCGAGGUCGACACGGCCUUUUUCAAUGGCAACCACGCGCCGCAUAUCUCGGUCGAGGGCGUCUAUAACCUCAACGAUGACGAGGUCGUCUCGUGGAAGGGCGAGCGCGGCGGGUGGGAGACGAUCCUCGGCAUUGAGGAGUGCGGUCCCUCGCAGCGCUUCGGAUGGAAGCUCGACGUGCCCACGACGAAGAAGUACACGCACGUCCGUCUCAACAUGUACCCCGACGGCGGCAUUGCGCGGUUCCGCCUCUUCGGCCACGCGGUGCCCGUGUUCCCCGACGACAAGGAGGCCAUCCUCGACCUGGCGUCGGCGCAGAACGGCGGCGUCGCCAUCUCGUGCAGCGAUCAGCACUUUGGCACCAAGGACAACCUGCUGCUGCCGGGGCGCGGCAAGGACAUGGGCGACGGAUGGGAGACGGCGCGUUCGAGAGGCAAGGACCACGUCGACUGGACCAUCAUCCGCCUGGGUGCGCCGACGCGCGUGCAGAGCCUGCUCGUCGACACGGCGUACUUCCGCGGCAACUACCCGCAGCAAGUCAAGCUCGAGGCCAUUCAGUGGGAGGGCAGCGGGGAGCCUGGUGUCGACGCUGAGGGCUGGCAGGCGCUCGUGGCGCCGAGCAAGUGCAAGGCGGAUUUCGAGCACGAGUUUGACAGCCUGCUGAAGGAUGCCGUGACGACGCACGUCAAGCUCGUCAUCAUUCCCGACGGCGGUGUCAAGCGAGUGCGUGUCUACGGCAAGCGGGCAUGA